AUGGCUGCGGACGGGGAUCCGACCGGCAUUGGUGAGCAACCCAAGACAUCGGACCCUGCAAUUGAAGAUAGUGAUGACGGGACACGUCCUCCCGCAUACCUUGAGACUGCUUCUUUGUGCAGCAUUCUGACCUUCGGCUGGAUGAACCCAGUGAUCAAUGAAGGAAACCGCCGCAUGCUUACCGAAAAAGACAUGCCCGAGCUGACGAAAAGAGACAAAGCAGUCAGCUUGAAGGGAGUUCUUCAGUCCUCCUGGGACGCUGAGAAGGAGCUUCACUCAAAGAAUCCACAACUCUGGAGAGCCGCCUUCAAAGCCUACUUUCCUAUACAGCUGCCCCUGUACGUGCCUUUCGCCAUUGUGACGGCCGCCAAGAUAGUGCAGGCGCAUGUGGGCAUUACGGGACUCAUCGAUGUGCUGAUUUACGGCAGAGGAUUUAAGGAGGGAGUCGUGUACGCCAGUGUGAUAGCUCUUAUGGGCUUCAUUGUACUCAUGCUCUACCACCAGGUUCAAUUCAUGGCCUGGCGUCUUGGUUUAGACAUGCGCACAUCUAUAGAAUCUGCCAUAUUUCGCAAGAUUUUGCGCAUGCCGCUCUCUGCUUUCUCGUCAGAAGGCGCAGUGGAAUGUAGAGCUCCGGGGGAAGAAGAUGCCGAUGCCUACAAAAAGACCAUGACGGUGGCCACAAUUCUGAAUCUGGUGACCACAGAUGUUGAGCGCUUCCAACCCGUCUCCACUACCUCCCACUACCUCUUCAUGGCGCCCUUCGAGAUCGCAGCCAUUGCAUGGUGUGGUGUGCAGCAAACAGGAUUCCCCUUUCUCAUCGGCAUAGCGGCGCUACUGAUGCUGAUUCCCGUGCAGGCCAAAAUAGCCAAGCUUCUUCAGCAGGCUAGUAAGCACGCUAGCCAGCUCACAGACCAGCGGGUACGCCUGACUAAGCAAGCCAUCCAGGGCGCGCGUACGAUCAAGAUGAGCGGGUGGGAGGUGUUGCUUGAGAAACGGAUCAUGGAGGCGCGCGCGGUAGAGAUGCGCGUCCUCAUCGCCGCCGGGUUGUUGAGAGGGAUCCACGAGGGAAUCUCCUUCUUUUCCCCUGUUCUUGUCGGCGCCGUUACCUUCUUGACCUACUGGAGCCUGGGUAGGCAGUUAAAAGCUGGCCAAGUCUUCUCCGCGCUUACCUUGUUCAAUAUUCUCCAGUGGGACGUGGUCAACUUUGGCGGCAAGGCCAUGCAGAGCUUGGGGGAG